AUGUCAGCGGGACUUAGCAACAACAUCAGCAGCACCUCAGUGUUCCUCCUGAUUGGCUUUCCGGGGCUGGAGCACCUGCACAGCUGGAUCUUUGUCCCCUUCUGCAGCCUGUAUGCUGUUGCCAUUCUGGGAAACUACACCAUCCUCUUUGUUAUCAAAACUGAGCAGGACCUCCACCAGCCCAUGUAUUACUUCCUCUCGAUGCUAGCCACCACGGACCUGGGUCUGGCCUUGUCCACCCUGCCAACCAUGCUGUGUGUCUUUUGGUUCAACUCCAGAGAAAUCAGCUUUGAUGCCUGUCUUGUCCAGAUGUUCUUCAUCCAUGCCUUCUCUUUCAUGGAGUCCUCUGUGCUCCUGGCCAUGGCCUUUGACCGCUUUGUGGCCAUCUGCAGCCCUCUGAGAUAUGCCUCCAUCUUGACUGGUGAAAGAUGUGCAAAAGUCGGACUGGUCAUUGUCUGCAGAUGCACUUUGCUCUUGUUCCCCUUGAUCGGUCUGCUCACGCUCCUCCCGUUCUGUAGGUCCCAUGUGCUCUCUCAUUCCUACUGUCUGCAUCAGGACAUCAUAAGGCUAGCCUGUACGGAUACCACACUCAAUAGUAUGUAUGGCCUAACCUUAGUCCUCCUCAUAGUGAUACUAGAUCCACUGCUCAUCGUCCUAUCCUACGUUUUGAUUCUUAAAGCUGUGCUGAGCAUUGCUUCCAAGGCAGAGCGGGCCAAGGCUCUGAACACCUGCGUCUCCCACAUCUGCGCUGUCCUGAUUUUCUACAUCCCCAUGGUUGGCUUGUCCAUGAUACAUAGGUUUGGCAAAGAUGCUGCCCCUGUAAUUCAUAUCCUCAUGGCCAACAUCUAUCUCUUUGUGCCCCCAGUGCUAAACCCCAUCAUCUACAGCAUUAAAACAAAACAGAUUCGCAACAGGGUCCUUAGGCUCUUGUGUCAAAAGAGGGCAUCACCUGGGCAUCCCCUGUAG